AUGGACCACACAAGUUGCGCAGCAAUUCGUCAAGCAGUUAGUGAAAUAACGCGCGAGGAAUGUAUCGAAUUAGAUGAAUUGGAAGCCUUUGCCGAAGAAUUUAAACGAAAGCGUAGAAGACUUGGUUUGACUCAGCGUGAUGUUGGCUUAGGCUUAGGCCAUCGAUUUGGCGUUGACUUCUCGCACUCAACAAUUUCACGAUUUGAAACAUUAAAUUUAUCCUUCAGUAAUAUGGGUAAAUUAAAAUCACUGUUAAGCGAAUGGCUAGCAUAUGCAGAAGCAGCCAUAGAGAAUGGUACAACAGUUUGCGAUUUGCUUGAAGCUGCCCCAAGCCAUUCACAGAACCAGCCUCUUCCUAACAUCUUUGGAUCGUCAAAUUCUGGCACCAAUGAAGCUUAUUGCACGGCGGAGAUGAGCGAAUCAAGGAGAUCAUUAAGAAAACGCAGAAAACGAACAAUUCUUGAUGUUUCGCAAAGAGUGCCACUAGCAUUAUAUUUCAAACUCAAUCCGCGACCAGACCAUUAUAAAAUUGCCAAACUAGCUGAAAUACUGGAAUUGGAACGUGAUGUUGUUCGUGUUUGGUUUUAUAAUCGCAGGCAAAAAGUUUGCAGAAAUAGCAAAUGUUUAUAA